CGUCUCGAUCGUCGUCUUUCCCUCUCUCUCUCUAAUUUUCUGUUAUCAUAUUUUGGAUCUUAUUCGUGAAUUUGAUCGCAGAUAGAGGUGAUUUUAAAAUACCGAAACAGUAAGUGAUGGCGUUGUCGACAAUGCAAGGAUCCAUCGAUUUCGACGCGGAGAUGACACUGAGUGACAAGCUCAUAGUCUUCAAAUCCAACAAUUUUGAUCCUCCAUCCUACUUCCACAGCAACAGCGGCGGCACCACCGAAAAGGAAAGUAGGCAAUUGUGCAUGCACCUAGAUAGGUUGAACAAGGCUUCUGCAGAAGAAAUGCGGAAAAGUGUCUUUUAUAAGGCGUCUGGUCGUUCCAAACAUUUCAAAAAUUCACCUCUAUUUCUGAUGAUGUUCAUUAUCUUUUGCUAUAUAUAUUUUUCAGGACAUCAAGAGAGAUCUCUGAUCUUGAAGGGGAGCUUGUUUCCUUGAAAAACCUGUUGUCUACGCGAGCAAAUAUCAUCAACGGGAUAGCUGAUGGAGUUCGGAUCGAGUCCUUGCCAGAUGGAACUGAUCAUGCUAGAGAGGCUGCAGAUUUAGAGUUCGAAGAGACAGAGCCUCCAAAAUACGACAAGUGGCUGUCCCAGUUUAUGGAGAAGAUUGAGGUCUUACUGGCUGAGAGGCGAAUCGAUGAGGCUCUGGCAAUACUAGACGAAGGCGAGGUUCUAGC